AUGAGUAUUGAGCAUCUGUUAUUCUUCCAGUUUUUCAUUCUCACCGCUUUGGUAGCCGUAGCAAGAGGAGGAGUAAUCGGCGCUCCAGGCGCAGUAGUAGCCGCUCCCGUAUUGGCCAGACUGUCAGAUGCCACAAUCGACCCCAACCCUGCCUACUCCUAUGCCUACGACGUCCAAGAUGCUCUCACAGGCGACUCGAAAUCCCAAGUAGAAAGCCGAGCCAACAACAUCGUCCGAGGCCAGUACACCGUAGCCGAUCCAGACGGCACCCGCAGAAUCGUAGACUACUACGCUGACCCCGUCCACGGUUUCAACGCCGUGGUCAGGAAGGUGCCACUCGGUGCUCCCCUAGUGGCACCAGUCGCCAGGGCCAUCGCUCCAGUAGCACCUGUUGCGCAUGUAGCUCCAGUAGCGCGCGCCGUAGCUGCUCCAGCGGUACUCCCGGCUCCUGUAGCACGAAUAUCCGCUCCUUUGGGAUCCCCUGUCCUGGCCGCUCCAGGAUUUGCGAGAGUGGCUGCACCGUAUGUGGGUGCGCCAGCUCCACUAGCCGUAGCGCCAGGGCACGCGUCGCCCUAUUAUCCCUACGCUUCGCCGUAUGCUGUAUUGUAG